AUAAAUAAUUUAAAAAGCCAAAAUAAAAAAACAAAUCAUUAAAAAAAAGGUAGAAGUUGCAAAAGUUGAGGAAAACUGUUGUUAUGUAUAAUUAUUAGAAUAUAAUCGUAUUGAAGGUAUGAUUACACCAAACGAAAUGACAAAAUAAAUGUAAUAAAGCAUAUAAAAAGUACUUAAAAUCGGUAGAACCGAAGUAGUUUAAGUAUUACGUGUAGAUGAAGAAAAAGGAUAUAUUGAUUUGAGUAAAAAAAAAGUAAGAAAUAAUUAAGAUGCCGCUUGCUUAGAUAAUUAUUCUAAAGCAAAAACUGUAAAUUCAAUUUUAAUUACUAUUUGCGAAUCUGAUAAAUAAAUUACUAUAGAUGAACUUUAUACUAAAGUAGUUUGGCCUUUAAGUAAAAAAUAUAAGAGUGCAUAUGAGGCUUUUAGAGCAUCUCUUAAUGAUAAUUAAGUGAUUAAUUAAUUUGAUGUAUCAGAAGAUAUUAAAUAGAAACUUUUAAAGGAAAUUUAAAGAAGAUUGGCGCCUUAAACUUUAAGAAUUAAGGCCGAAGUUGAGCUUAGGUGUUAUGGAUAUGAAGGAGUUGAUGCUAUAAAAGCUGCUUUAUUAGCCGGAGAAUCUAAAUCGCGUAAUAAUUGUUAAGUCGGAUUUGAAAUUGUAGGAUCUCCAGUAUAUGCUGGUACUAUAAAUACUUAAGAUAAAAACUUAGGUUUAGAAGUUAUAAAAGAUGCCUUAAAAGCUGUAGAGGAAGUAAUUUUAAGUAAAAACGGUUAGUAUAAAUUAAGAGGAGAACCAAAAAUAUAUGGAGAUAAAGCUUAAGAUGAUUUAGAAUUAAUAGAAAAAGCUGAAGAAGAUGACGAUGAAGACGAAUAAAAAGAAGGAGAAGGAGACGAUGAUGAUGAAGAAUCUGAAGAAAUUGAAGGUAUGGGAGAUGCAGAUGACGACGAAGAAGAAUUUUAAUAAUAAUGAAUAAAUAUAUAUAUAAAUAAUUAUUUAAUUAUUAUUAUAAAAUAAAAUAAAUAUUAUUUUUAUUUAUUUUUUAUUUUUAUAUUAAUUAUAUUUUAAAAACUAUAA